CUCUCUCUCUCUCUCUCUCUCUCUCACUCACUCUCUCUCAAACCUUAGCUAUUUCCGCCUCGCUCGUCGAACCUCUCAAUGGGCAACUACUUAUCUUGCACUCUCUCCGCCGGUUCCGGCGGAGGCUCCGGAGGCGUCAGGGUGAUCGUCCCGGGCGGCGAGGUACGUCAUUUAGAGGGGCUGGUCAACGCAGCCGAGCUCAUGCUCGACACCCCCGGCCACUUCUUGGUCAACUCCCGCUCCAUGCAGGUCGGUCGGCGCUUCGCGGCGCUCUCCGCCGACGAGGACCUGGAGAUGGGCAACGUCUACGUUAUGAUGCCCAUGAAGAGGCUCAACUCGGUGGUCACGGCGGCUGAUAUGGGUAUAUUGUUGCUGGCCGCGAACAAAAAAUUCCGGCGGGUUUCAGGUGGGAAUUCGAGGGUCUUGCCGGAGUCUUCUUCCUCCUCCUCGCCGGAGAAUCCACCGGCAGGGCAGGAGUUGGAUGAGGUCGACGAUGAUGCUCCGAUGACGACGGCGAUGGUGAUGGAGAUGGGGGGGGUUUAAGUACAGGUUGAGCAUGUGCCGGUCGAGGAAGCCGGCGUUGGAGACGAUAGCAGAGGAAGGCAUCACCUCAAGAUAAGAAUUAUGGACGGUAGGAAUUUUUUUCUUUUUUCUUUAUAUUUUCAGAUAAGAAGAUAUUAAUUGGAUCUAUGAUGGGGUGAUUCUGUAACAUGGUCUUUUGCUCUAAUGGUGAGUAAUCACCAAAUUUGUUGAAUAGCGUGUAAAAAAAGGAUGUGGAUUUGGAAUUUUGUAAAUUGAGAAUGGUGUUGUUAGCAUCUCAGAGCAGGAGGUUGAUAAUAAUAUGAAAAAACGAAAUUAGUCA